AUGAUUCUUUUCGAAAUGGGUUUUCUCAAGGUUGCUACAUUAUUUCUCGUCGUCAGUACGACUGGUGCUCGGGCUGGCUCCUAUGUUGGUACUCUAUCACACAAUGCCCAGGGACUCUUCAAUGAAUCCAUGGAUUAUCUGGAUAGGGCCUACGACGACUCAGCUGGUUAUAUCUAUCAACUUAGUGGAUCUGCAGCGCUGAGACACGACACCAGAAGUUCAGCGUGGUAUGCCAUUGGCCUUUUGGCAAGAAAUCAAGGCUCGGAUGUAAAUGAAGCCGAGAAGAUAAUUUCAAACGUAAUCAAUGGUCAAUUUAAAGACACUGAAGAUCAGUGGUAUGGGGAUUAUCAGAAAGAAUCUGAGGAGCCAGAAGUGGGAAGCUUGUGUUACGCACCAAAUAUAUACAAUUCCUGGGAUCCAAAUUGGCGUGGUUUCAUAGGAACUGCAUUUAUUGUUGGCCUUGAAGAAUUUGGUACCCUCAUUUCUCCAGAAGUGACUAGCCUGAUGCUGAGAUCUUUGUAUAACUCCACCGUGGGCGACAGCUAUCGGGAUGGUGGAGUAGAUGGCGAUAAUUUGUAUCCCGCUUAUACUAAUCCUUCAAUAAUGCGUGCCUUUGUUGCUGGAUGGACUGGUCGUCGACUGAAUGAAAGCAACAUGACAAUAUCUGGCGAGAACUAUGCUCAGCAAAUUAUCGAAUUGUUUGAUCGAGCCAAUACUCUUUCGGAGUUCAACAGUGGGACUUACACAGGCGUCUCUUUGUUUGCCAUGACUUUGUGGGCUAAGUAUUUGCCAGAUGAUUCAGUGAUGAAGCAGAGAGGUGCAUCGAUGAUCCGACAUACUUGGGAAGCAGUAUCAAACCUCUGGCACCCGCACCUUCUGAAUGUCGCUGGUCCUUGGGAUCGCUCAUAUGGCUUUGAUAUGACGAAAUAUCUUAGCUUACUGGCACUUCACAUCUGGAACGCUGUGGGCAAAUCGAAGUCCUCAAUAAUCGACAAGCCGUAUAUCAUGUCUCAUAAUGCCGAUUUUGCAUAUGGACCAUUGUUCGCAAUCUUGUCGGAGUUUCACAAUAAUUUGAUACCAGCCAAUGUGAUGGAUGCUCUUGAAAGCUUUAAAGGCGAGCAUACAUUCAGUUCUUCAACCUAUUCACCACCCUUCGACCUCUACCCGCGCAAUAUUACAGCCUGGCUCGCAAACAAUAUUAGUAUUGGCGCCGAAACAUUUAAUGAAAAUGUCUUAGGUGGGCCUGCUAAGAAUCAAGGCACAUUUAAUCCCGCUUUUAUACAAUGGAAUACAGGCGAUGGAAUUGGAUGGCUGACUCUCUAUGCAACGGAAAUGCAUGUCAUUGCCGAAGCUGGUGCCAGUUCGCUGAACUUGACUUAUCCGGACGGAAAUGACACUUCAAUAUUUACCUUUCUGGUCUCGCCAUUCGCCGCAAAGAGGACCAUUUCAAGCCUUGAGGAUAUUCAAGGUUUGAGUCUGCAGGUGUCUGGCACAAUCGAUAUGAACUAUACGUUGUCAUAUGCAGGAGAGUAUGGCGGUGCGGAUUCCACCAUUAAUGAUUUUGAGUAUUGGAAUGUGACUUUUGCAAUGCCGCCCGGGUCAACCGAAGCGCCUCAUAUUUUUCUCGAGGCUGACCUUUGGUGA